UUAAAAAGUGUUUCACCCAUGUCCAGCAUUUCACAGGGAGGCAGCUGCAGGCCUUGGGAAACUGUUCAGCCCAAUUGCUGCAUAGAUCUGGUUGGGGUUUUCCAGCUGGGACUAUGCGGAAGUUUAGUCAAGCUUCCAAACUAACAAAUUUGCAAUAGAACAAAAUCCACAAACCAUUUUUUAGGGGAGGCGGCGGGGGAGAUCCAAUUCUGUUUUUCCAUACAAGUUUGGAGCUAUUUUUUCCCCUCUUUCAUAUCCUUGAAGCCUGAGCCAAAUCCAGUUACAAAUCUCGGAGCACGGACAGCAUAGAGCCAGCAAUGGAUCCCUCCGUGAGUAGCUGUAUGCGAAGUCCCCGUCCCACUACCCCACUCUGGGGGUGCCUGCGGAAUGCCCAUGCGGAGCUCAGCACAGCAGCAGGAGCGCAUCAUUACCCACAAGCACCAUUCUCAUUCCAUCAAAAACCAGACUUUGCUGCAUAUUCCGAUUUCUCAGCCUCUUGUUUGGCCACUGCCCCCCACAGCUUCCCCCGAGAGGAACGCAUGUUCGCAGAGCAGCACCCUUCUUUCCAGCAUUCUGACUGGCACUUUGCAGCAUCCGAGGCCAGAAGGCGGCUAAAUCCAGGACUGGCCUUGGGUUCUGGGGAACUAGAAAGCAGCAGCCCAAACCUAGUGGCUGCUGCAGGGGGCAUGAAUGAAGAUUAUGGGGUACCAGGAAACACUACAAAUGAAACUGAGAAAAAGUCAUCCAAAAGGAAAAAGGAAACCUCAGAAAACCAGGAUUCCAGUCGGAAGCCAGAAGCCAGCAGCAAAGCACGGAAGGAGAGGACAGCGUUCACCAAGGAGCAGCUGCGGGAAUUAGAAGCUGAAUUUGCUCACCAUAAUUACUUGACAAGGCUCAGGAGAUAUGAGAUAGCUGUGAAUCUGGACCUCACCGAGAGACAGGUUAAAGUGUGGUUUCAAAACCGAAGGAUGAAGUGGAAACGUGUGAAGGGCGGGCAGCCAGUGUCCCCUCACGAGCAUGACACAGAAGAUAUGGACUCUGCUGCCUCCCCGAGCUCUGAAUAGCUCCUCGCCAGUAGUAACGUACUGACGAAUGCAGGAAGGGUUGUCAGUCAGAGAACUGACGCCACACAGUUUAGCAGCAGCUGUAUCAUUAACAGGUGCCCCUCCCUGCUCAAAUCAUCUCAUCCUCCUGUGUGUGACUGUGGAAGUGGUGUGCCUUAACAUGCCUUCGGAACUGUAAAGGGCACACAGGAAAAUCCAGAGGAGGGUCUGACUGAACUCUCACCACUGCCAUCUUGGCAAUGCCAGUAUUUCUUCAAAAUAAUAACUAAACCCAUUGACUAUGAAACAAAUAAAGCUGACUAGAGCUGGAUUUCUAAGAA